AUGGAAAGAAGAGAUGAGGAUUGUAAAUAAGUUGGACAAUUUAAUAAAAAUGAUGACAAAUACAUAUAUAUCUCGUUUAUGAUAUCAUUUAAUGUAAUGUUUGGAAGUCUAUUUUAUUAUUACUCACUUAAUACUAACAAUGAUGAAUGUACAUUGUUAAAGCAAACUGCUAUAUAUUUCACAUUAUAUUGUACUUGCAGCAUCAUAUUAUCCAUAAUAACCCUUAUUGGAAAUAAGACAUUUAAUGUCAUCACUACAAUGGAAGGUCUAAUUAGAAUGUUAUUUUUGAUUGCGUUUUUGGUAAAUUUAAUAUAUUAUUUAGAUUGCCUAUAUCUAAAGUUUGUAAUGCUACCAUCUUCAAUCACUUACACUAAUAUUUUUGACCUUACAUGCAUUACUAUUUAUUAUUGCUUGUAUGAAAUCUCAAAUCAAUAAAACUAAAUAACUUUGA